AUGAAACGCAGGGCCAAGCAAAAGAGAGGCGUAUCAUCUUCAAUUAUCAAUCAUCCGGAGCAACCGAUUACUGUGCUUAAACCUGUUGCUACGGAGAACCAAACACAGCUUUUUCCGCUUGAAGUUAUUGAUGUGACGCCUGUUUCUGUUGCUUCUUCACAUGCAACACACGAAGGACGUAUGUCUUAUGUUUCGCCUCAGUUCAGUUUCUCAGAUAUCGAAGAUACAACUGCCAAGUCACAUACUGUCUGCUUUCCUCAAAUUUAUGAUAACACCCUGCGGAGUGGAUCAUCUGGAGAACUUCGCAGCUUUGCACAACUUGACGACCAAAGCAGUGAAUCAAGGGACCAUGAGGAAGUUACUAAUGUCGCCUCCAACAGUGAUCACGAUUUCUUGGUUGAUGAUGAAGGUGCUCCUGAAUUAGCAGCACAUGGAACUUCCGUCACUUCCGCUUCCCCCACUCAUGCGGAACCGAAAAACUUUACGGAGAAAAACGACACAGGAUUGCCCCACAAUCAGAGGCGAAUCAACAGGCGGGAACUGAAAGCCCUCUUGAAACAAACGAAAAGAAAUCGCGCUGUUCUUGACGAUACACUGAUUGCUGCUAUCGACGCUUUGGCCUCUCGCCUACAAAGUCAUUGUCUAAUUGGGUUGGGUUCCUCCACGCUCUCGAACUCCGUCCGAGUCGCACACCCACCUUAUGUCUUAGAAUCAUCACCGCCCACUCGGAAAGCUGUCGGUGGAAGAAGAUGCGGGCGCAGAGGUUCUAAACGUGGAAGAGCCACUGGGCGAAUUCUUUCUCGGAGCAAAAUCAACAAUUCGCCUGCCAUUCUAGCUUCCUGGGUUCCUCUGAUUCUCCCCCACACCACCCAGUCACCUGGGUCCGAACUUCGACCGAAACUCGCAUUUACCCCUUGGCUGAAUGAACUUUCUGAGUACCGUGUUCAGCGUUUUACGAGUGGCAUGCAAAAACUUCUUCCUAUGUUUUGUUCCGGAGCGCGCGACUCGUCAAAUGGUUCCCAUGAAUUGAGCAAGCCGAUAGUUAGUGCGUCAUCAGGCACUUCCCAGUCCCUUCCUGUCUCCUCAAUUUUAGCGACUGGAUCACAAAAAAUCGAACCGGUGGACGCCAAUGCUUACACUAGCAAAUAUCAGGUGGUAUCAGCCGAGGCAAGACUUCAAUCCUCUGUUGAGUCCAACGCUGUGAACAAUGGGCUACCUUUAUCCAACCAGAUUGAUUUGUGUGAAUUGACCAAAUCUCCUCUGGCCGCUCCUAAAGUGGACCGCUUUUCUAGAGGCCGUUCUAGAAGGAGGAGACCCUAUAAAUCGAGAGGUCCUUUCGUGUGCAUUUCUACACGCAAUAAUUCCGAGCGUAAUUCCCAAGGGAUUACGGAAACAUUGGCUAUCUCUGCUGCCAGUGGCACUUCGGCGGAACUCAUCUAUCCCCCAUCUGCCGUUGCCUCGCGACCAGUAAAACCAUCUAAACCCCGUGUUUCUCGUGAGUUGCGGGGAUUAGUUACUUGGGACGCUGUCAUCGCUCAGCAGAAGCGCCAGCAAGCGCAGGAAGCACCAGAUGAUCCUGUGAGCGUUGUAUCGAAGCAGCGUUGGCAAGGCGACCCUACUCUUGCCAUUGCGGAGGGAUUGCUGGCUCAGGCUGCGAUGGAUAGCGGUGAGCCGCUGGUAACAAGGACUCGCCGGGUUCGCCACUCCAGUGAAGCUGCCGUUGGUCAGUUGCGCCAAUCGACUGGCGAAUCAGAAACUGCAUCUGUUGUGACCACGGCCACAGCUUCUGAAUCCACGGAGACCUUAUCGCGUUCACGACACGGUGAACAUUCAUCCAUCACCAUGAAGUCAGCCGUGAGCACAGCGUCAUCUAGCAUAACCUCGGACUUGCCUGCUACAAAUCAACUUAUGACGUACGGCACAGUCGAGGAGAACGCCACAGGAUCUGCACAGCGACACCCAACAGAAACUGAGAGUCCGGACAGUUUACAUUUCCACAAAGAUCUGAAAUCUCCCCACAGCCCAAGUUGUCAAAUACUCAAUUCUUCAAACGAGUCGCAUUCUCAAUACGUUCCCAAAUAUUCUCCGAUUUCCUUGGAUCCUGAGUUAGAGUCUCACUUAUCGGUGGAUGAAAUGCAGCAAACCCAUCAUGAAACGACUCUCCUCACAGAAGAACCCGCACUGCCAAACAAAUCAGUGGCCUUGAAGCGGAAACGCAGAGGUUUUCACAGACGUGUACAUCCGGAAAACCAGCCCAGCUCUAUUGCAUCUGAUUCUUCUGUCUGUACUUCUCCCUCACGGAACUCAACCAAAGCAGCUACUCUUUCUUUGACUAAUACUGGUGUUCCGGGGAAGCGCCGUCGCUCGCGCCAUUACGUGUCUACUUCUCUGCGCCUUCACGAUUCCCAAGUUUGUGACGCCUCUUACGAACCACCUGUUGAGGAUCUUGGAGCUUCUGUCCCCUACACCGCGCCCUCAGAGUCGGCCGUCAAUGAAUGCAUCGGCAUGCGUCAGUCAACAGACUCUCGGAGCCCGGUUCUGCCCCCGCGCAAACGGUACAAGGCAGGCUCAGAAUCACACAGUCCUCCGGUUGCGGAGCUGCUGAACAAUUCCUCUCAGCAUCUGGACGAACCACCUGAACCGGUACCUACAUCGCCAAUCGCCACUCGGGGCGUAAUGACACCCCCUACUCAUUCCCCUCCAGUUGAUUCGCGAGUUAUGACCACCGCCGUUUGCGAUGAAACAAUUCCGUCCCCCUCCUCUCCUCAACCGGUUCAAAAACGCAGUAGAGGGAGACCUACUCGUCGAGGUUUAGCCUCCAGUUUUCCGCAGCCGACGGUGCCCAUACCUGAGACUCCAACAGGCGUCGAUUCUCCGAAUAAUCCUAUGGACCGUCCUAAGCGUGAGGCAGCUGCUAUCGGCUUUGCCAGCCUCGUUGCGGCAAAUUUGAACAACAACACGCAGAUUCAUGGUCAACUCACUUCAUUGGAUUCUCCUAAUACUCGAGGUUCGGGUUCUGAAGCUACGGCCAGCACAACCGAGUCAGCUGCGGGUGUGACAACGCCAACCGUCUCUUCUCCUGUUCCCCGUGGUCGUGGCCGACCCCCGAAGGUCAAAACAGUUGCACAGCCGCCAGCUGUCCCAUCCAGCACAUGUGCAACGGAUUCAGUGUCCGGAUCUGCGCUGCCUGUUCGCCGCCAGUUACGAACUUCAUCCUCUCCCAGUAAAAGCAGCGUUCAACCUCCAUGCAGCGCUUCAACUGAAGCAUCUUCACUGGAUGGUCAUACACCACCCGCUACCGUGUUACCGGUUGAGGCUCCUGCCUCUCUCGCUACUACAACCAGUGAUGAGCGCGUACAUAUCGAGCCCGUGUCGACAAAUCAGUCCGCCCGUAAGGUUGGUCGGCCUCGGUUGCGUCAAACGGUGGAGAAACCCAAGGAAGAUUCUACCAAAGAAUCGAUCGAUCAUUUGUCCUUGUGUGAACCUGUGACUACGGCCGCCGCCUUUAAACUUUUACCAACUCACAACAGUCUGUUCAAAGGACACUUGUUGAAGGAUCCUUUCCCUCCGGAACUGGAAUCCAGAUUUCAGCUUAAAGGACCAUUGUGCGAUUUUUUCAAUCGUUUUCUCAAUGAACCGGAUCCGAACGAUCCUGCUUCCCGUCUGGUCUCACCCAUUCUGUUUCUUCCACCUCCAGAAAGGUACCCAGACUUUUAUCGGUUCAUUCUGUCUGCCUAUUCUGGGGCCUUUAUCCGGACUCGAUUCACCGACACCUUUUUCAAAAGGGUGUUCAAUCCAAACGACCAAUCGCACGCUGUCGCGAAUGAACCAAUCUUCAGUGUAGAGUUUCCUUCUUUGUGCCUGGCCAGCAUUGUUAGGUCGUUCUUGUUGCAAUCGGAUACAGAAAAGAUCAAGAACCAGUUGAGUCAGGAGCUAAUGCUUAGUGAUUCGGAGCUCGCGUUGAUUUCUUCGAAUCCCUCGGAUGCUACAGACAGUAUGCCUUUGUUGGAUGCGGCAAUCGAGCAUGUGCUGAGCGUCUGGGAAUCGUUCGCUGGUCGUCGAAGCUGGCUUGGCAGACGUAUUUCGGGUAUUCGAGCCUUCUACUUCACUCUACGUACUGAGUGUGUGCGAUCGAUUGCUGAUGAAUAUGGUCAAAUAGUCCCGCCACUGAAGGCGACCGCUGUGUUGAACAUGCCCACUUCCCGGUCAUCAUCAACAAGUGGGAAAAAGAAGGCUGACCGCCGUGCUCUAGAACGCGGUGCCGAAGUGAUUCGCUGUCUCUGUGGAUUCCGUGUCGAAGGUGGUCAUGUCAUGGUUCAGUGCGACCGUUGCGCGUCCUGGCAACAUCUACCAUGUCUCUGGUGGGCUCUCAGCCAAGCGGUUAAACAAACGGACCCUGAAACCGAGACUUCUCGCUUAUGCAGGGCUGCUCUCAUCGCUGCCCAGCUAGCUGGAUCCGGGUACUCCGCGGAUUUGGCAGAAUCCGUCAUAUGUGGGAAUUCGGAAAACGAGGAGUUACCUUAUUUCUGUCCCAUAUGUCUUGAUUUGGCCAACCUGACUUUGGAUUAUCCUCGUUCGCUCUCAGCCGCUAUGGCUAUGAAUGAUAUCGAUGCCGUCUUCAGUCUUCGAGAAACCACCGUUGAGAAUGAGCAUGAAUUUUGGAGCCUUGCGAGCGUCAACAAGCGGCACCAGAUCCGGACGGACGAAUUCUGCUUUAUUAGUCGAUCCUGGUUCGAACUCGCUACAAAAUCGUGUUCUGACCGAAUUGAUUUCAAAUCACCUGAGGAGACAACUUCAAUUUUCCACCCUGCGCCUGCAGAUUUCCAUGAUCGAAUCAUCAUACGCAUUUAUCGACUAUGGAAGGAUCCAAGUGGAAAAUCGUGGAUGGAAGGUGGCCUAUUUUUGCGACCCUACGAUGUUCCUGAUUUUACUGGUGCUUCAGAAGCUCCCGAAGAGCCACGUCUUUGGCAUCUUCAGGAAGUUGUCUACGAUGAAACUAGUCGACUCGUCCUGCCUCUCUCAGCUUGGAUUGGUCGCUGUAGUGUUUCGUGCCCUUCAGCUUACAGGGUUGGGAGAUUGGCUGACCUUAUUUCUUCAAAGGAAGCGAACCAACUUUUGUUGGGUUCAGACACGGACGCUGUUUUCAAUCAACAACACACCUUCAAACCCAGAGUUGAUGGAAAUCAACUCUUUUUCGUCUGUGAGAAGCUUUUUGAUCGCACAAGAAAUUGUCGAUUAGAAGACAUAUCCCCCGGCUAUUUAAAAGUAAACAUGCGGCCGUACUGCUUCCUCCGAAAACCAGAUACUGUAUCCGGCCGCACGGCUUUGCUCCGUCAGUGCACCGCUGCGCAGUUGUUGGAGUAUGAUCGAACUCCAUUCACUCAAUCGGAGGUGCCAGUCAGCUCCUCCGCAGUCAAGCCAAAGGGUGAAAAACUGGCUCGAGUGGUCGACUGGCUUGAACGUAAACGUCAGUUGGAUUCGAAAAUUGUUGAUCAGCCUGUCACCGGACCGACUGCUAUACCUGCUGCUGUGUCGCCAACCCAUCGAGUCACUGCAUCGUACCGAGGACGUCCAAGAGGAUCGCGCGGACGCGCACGCGCCUACAAGCAGGCUCCCCAGCCUGUCGCUGAAAAGUGCUUCGAAGAUGUUCCAGAUCACGUCGUUGACAAGCUACCUGCGUCUAACCCCGUCCCUGGUGUCGAUUACCCCAACCCGUCUCCUCGACAAACAGCUCCUUACUCUCUCAAGGGUCGGGAGCCUGUAAUCGAAUUGAUCAACCUGACAUUAUCAGAAGAACCUUUGGCCGAGAUCGAAAACAAUCAAGCUAUCGGUUUGGCUCUCAUUGAAGACGGUAUUGUAACGGAGUCAUCUGACCAGGUUCUGACCGGUUCCGUCAAACUGGUGCAGUCGGAAAUACAAUCAAGUAUCAUGGGUGAUACCGGGAAGGCAUCGCAUACAUCUUCUCAAUCGACCUCCGCUGAUGAUCGCGAUCCGACUCCUUCGUAUUUAUUUUCGACAGAAGUUGCAGGACGAUCAGCGAGUUACGACUCAGUAGUGGCGCAGCUGCCGUCGACUCAUACUGGGGUCCUGCAGCAUAGUACUAUGAUGCAGGCAUCAGAGAGCGCCCUUGCUAUUUCCUCUGACAAGGAUCUUGUACCAGCGGGUGCAGAUGUUGCACAAUCUGCCAACGAAGCCGAGGCUGAAGCCAUCAGCGCAGCGCCUACACCACCAAUUACCUCGCGAAUUCUGAAAACCGGCACUGGCCAUCAACCUCGAUCUGACCGGUGUGAAGCCGAUGCGAAUAUUACCCCUAAAAUUUCCCCAAUGAAACCAGUCGGACGACGGAAACGACAGCUGCGUACAAGGAACUCUUCGACAUCGGCAGUACAUAUCGCUGACUCUGAAAAACCGUGCUUCUUUUCUGAUACAGAAGUGCCAGACGAGCGUGAAGCCUCGAGAGUGGUGACUGAUGCACUGCUGCCCGACGCUCACGCUCAACAUUCUCCUGCUAAUCGUUCAGCUAUCCCGGACAAGUGUUCCGCUCCGGAUUCAGCAUUUACCAACGUUUUACAAAUCUCAUCCUCGCAGCCAAUUAGUCCUAGUGGUGAGACAGACGUGAUUCCAGCGAGCUCGCCGUUGCUCAAGCCAGACGGGUUACAUUCACCUCUUGAAGCACAGACCAUUUCUUCGGAAUCCUUAGAGGGAUUAGAAUCUUCGCAAGACGCCGUCAUUUUGAAAGCCACCAUUGGAUCCACGGAUACUGCUGACCAACUAGCAGUCGCGAAAGCCGAACACAUUUUAGUGGGCAUCCUGCACACAGGAUCCAGCAACGUUUUCUCAGUUCAACAUGCAGUCGCCGGGUGUAUUCUGAAAGAACCCAAGACGGAAGCACCGUGCUUACCUAAUUUCACGGAAACAAACGAUUCAAUUGCGGAAUGCCAUUUAGAUCCAAAGAUACCCCCGUGCUACUCACUUGACUUUGGAAAAUGCGACCCUUCAAAUCUAGAAAAUAGCUCGGAUGAGCUACCUAAGAAAGUUGAAUAUCUGCAACCUGAAUCGGCUCUUUCAGAUUCUAAUGCCACUCCAACUUUGGACGAGUCGUCGUCUCCUAAUGAGUCACUGUUAUCGCCCUCAAACUUGCCAUCAGAACUUAUCGGUUGCCUUCCAGUGUGUGUUGGUUCUCUAACGCAUUUGUCGCCUCUCGAAAGUGGAACGGGUCAUGAUGUUCGUGGUAGCAAUGAGCACGCGCUUACAGAACGUAAGGCACUUUCAUCAAAUGCUCAUUCAUCGCACCGCGAUCGCCGUGACUCGCAAAGUCCAACUCAUUCUCAAAUGCGUUCACACCACCAUCACUCACCGGUGGAGAAGUAUGAUCAUCGACAUGUUCCUCCAGCCGCUCAUUUUGAGGAGCAUCGUGAUCGCCGCCACAGUCGAUAUGACCACCACGAGCGCUAUUGGCCUGUCGAACAUAACCCUAAGCCUUCAUAUCACCACUGUUUCGAUGACCACAGACGCGAAAACCACGAUCGAUGGCAUCGUAAUCGCUGGGAACAAUCGCCGAGCUCGUCGGGUUCAUCGCACCGCCACCACCAGCGUAACCAUCACACAUCUCCUAAACCAUCUUCACAGCUAGGUCGUCGCUCCCACGACAGAAAUCCAUCCCGGUUUUCAAAGCCGAGUGGUUGAGGCUUACCUUUUAAAGUUACUUCCACUAACUGCGCCAGUGCUCUAUGGGGAAUUGCCUCCAUGUGAUGCCUCACCAUCGAAUAUUUUUUCGGUUUUCAACACUCACAUUUCAUGAGAGGAUCAUGCGUGCAAUCUUCUACAAAAAGCAAGUGAUCAAUCCCCCUCGCUCUAACUUCUCGGCCUUAAAAUGACUGACCAUCUUCAUCCGAAGUUGUUUUCAUUCACUGCGAUAUGCUUUUCAUUUGUGGCCUCGCGGCUCAAUGUGACUUGAUCUCUCUGCACAGACGAAUACUACUUGACACUCGAACGAGGCUCUUCGUCUGAUACUGUACAUAGUCAAAUGAAAUGACACUCGCCCCUUGUCAUACGUAUUACUACUGCUUGCUUAGACAAUCUUGUAAUGGAUUUUGAUCGACGCAUAGCACGGCAUAUUUCCGCUUUCCCACGUGUAAUUAUGCACAUGAUUCACUAUGCCCUUCGAAUAGUUCGCAUUUUGACAAUUGUCUCCAAUUCCUUUAUUUUGAUCAGCUUCAUCGUACUUUGUUGCUCGGUUUUGUGUAUAUACAUAUAUGAUCGUUCAUCUCAUCGUUUGUACUCGACAUCCAACGUAAUCAUGUUAUGAAACUGAUACAGACUUGUUGUCUCUUGUACAUCUUUUGCUUACUUUCGAAUAUGCAUUUUCCACCCAUUCA